UUUCCCCUCUCCUCCUCUUCCCCUCCUCCUCCCCCUCUUCCUCCUCUUCCUCCUCCUCCACUUUUUUCCUCCUCUUCCUCCUCCUCCCCUCCCUCCAUUACCACCUCCUUCUCUGUCUUUUCUUGUUGUUGAGAGAACAAACUGGCUUUAGAUUCACUACGUCGUCAAGGGUGUUCCAGUCCGUCUGCCUUCACCUCCCUAGUACUGGGGUGACAGGCACACCAUCACACCUUGUUUAUCUGUUGAAAAUUGAACACAAGUCUUCAUUCAUGCUGGGCAAGUGUCCUACCACCUAAGUUAUAGCCCUUGGAUGGUCUCAGGACUUUGGGCUUGUUUGUCACUGUUUUUUUCAUGGGGCUGUAAUCUGCUGCAUGGGUGUGAGCAUGCUCCCCAGUGCUGGGAGGGGGCAGGGACAAGGACAUUUCUCCUGAGAUUUCCUCCGUCUGCCUCAACUUUCCUUUCUUUAAAGAUUGCAGACAUUGGUGUGGUCAGGGUGUCUGGGGUUCGCAGGCCUCCUUGCAUUCCCUACCCUCUUCAUGUUGUGCUCCCAUUUUUCUGAAUAUGGACUUUGUGGGUCGGAGGGGACCCAUUUGGUGUCUGAUAACCUAAGUGUGCCCACCCCUGCUCAGCAUCUCCCCAGCAAUGACUACAUCUGUGAGAGUUGGCGUCCUCACUCAGAGCCCUGCAGCUCUCCUGGUGUGCCUGCUAGCCAUGUGUAGUCUGUGACUGACUGUCCUGCACGCUCUGUCUUCUGAAGUCUUUCAAGUAUUUACCUUUUAGGCUAUGGCGAUACUCAGUUGGUAGCAUUCCCGGAAACAUGUGAAAAAGCUGGUUGAGGGGGUGCACACUAUAACCCCAGUGCUGGGGAGGUGGUUCCCUGGAGCUGCCUGGCUGGUCAGCAUAGCCUACUACUCGAGUGAAAAAGACACUAUCUUUAAAAAGAAAACAAAAAACAAAACCAAACCAAAACAAAAGCCAGCAGCAGCAGGAGCAGCAAAAACCAAAUCCAAGGUUGAUGGCCCAAGGUGAACUGAACUGCACUGGAGCCUGACCUCUGUGCCGGCAUACACACGUGUCACACAACCCCCGCCCCCAACACAUGGCUAGGACAGGGUGACAGUGACCGUGGUAGAACACUCUCAUGAUGGAAUGAAGGAGCUGUAUGUGUGGACCUCUGAGGUCUGUUCGCCUGUGCUCUUCCUGAUUGCAUUCACAUUAGAGGGGGCGGGAGCUUGGGAUUAGCCCUGGGUAGGGAGGUGGGGAGUGGAGCUGAGGGCUGAACAGGCUCCUCACCCCUUCGAGAAGGGGUGGAUCUGCAUCUCAAGGUCUCCUUGGCUGCCAAUGCCUCUUUCCCAUCCAGGACUGUCCUGCCGAGCUGAGCUGGGAGUGUGUCUCUUGUUGGGUAUCCUUAGUAAACGCUGAAAUCAAAAAUGAAAUUGUUUUUAUUUAACCAUUUUACCAGAUGUUCCCUUGGGCUUGAUAGAUGCAGCCUUUACUAGAAAGUUGCACUCCUGAGACACGGUGUUAUGGACACGGUUGCUAUAGACAGUGACAGUUGGCAGGUUGGCCUUUGCAUCUUUUUUUAAAUGUGUUUUCCUCCCACAAGCAAUGUUCUUUCAUUGGUGCCCUUUCAUCUUCUGGGCUACAGGUCUGGCUUAUGAGAGCCUACCAGAUAUAAACGCUGUUCUGUUGAGGUGUGAAAGGGGCCAGCAGGCCCAUGCAUGUUGCAAGUAAGCCUCCUUAGGAUCUGAAGGAAGCAGCAGCCAGGUGACUCCCCUAGAAACGGAGGCCGCUGUCCUGGUAUAGGGUUCAGAAAUCUACAGAUCUUACCAGGGCUAGCUGGGUCUGAAAUGCUGGCCUUCAGCACUUCUAAUGGAACACCCCUCAGGUGGGGUUUGUGAGGAGGGCAAGAGGACCAGAGAACCCACAGAAGCUGAAUUGCAGGCCUGUCCCCUCCCUCCUGCCUCGCCCCUUCCUGCCAGCAUUUCCUUUGGCCAAGUUGUAGAGUUUGCUAAAAGCCUGAUGUUACGGAAGGUAGGGAAACAAAGAAAGAGGAAGUGGCUAGCUGUAAUUCUGACAGCAGAUCUGUUUUCUCUGAAAAUGGAACUGCAGCGAUGCAUGCAACGUUCUUGGCAGGCGGCACUCUGUAAAUAACGCCUCCCAGGAGUUCCCAGCCUCUCCCAGGCCCGCAGGAAGCUUCCCCUGCAGCGCGGGGCAGGCAGCCCCGCACCUCACACCCUCCUCCCGGGGACUCUUAUUCUGACGGGGUGCGCGCCCGCCUUGCCUGCCAAGUUUGUGAGGCCCCAGGCCUUCUUGUGGGAGGACGCUGGGCUGUCUUCAUGCUCCUUGGCAAUGAUUAAAGUGAGGAAUAAGACUGUCAACGGAGACUGCCGCAGAGAUCCCCGGGAACGGAGCCGCAGUCCCAUCGAACGGGCUGCAGCCCCCGCUGUAAGCUUGCAUGGUGGCCACCUGUAUGCAUCCCUCCCCAGCCUCAUGGAGCAGCCUCUUGCCCUGACUAAGAACAGCAGUGACACAGGAAGGUCAGCUGUGGAGCGGCAGCAGAACCGGCCCUCCGUCAUCACCUGUGCAUCUGCCGGCGCCCGCAACUGCAACCUCUCUCACUGUCCCAUCGCACACAGUGGCUGUUCUGCGCCUGGGUCUGCCAGCUACCGGAGACCACCCAGUGCGACUGCCACCUGUGACCCUGUGGUGGAAGAGCACUUCCGUCGGAGCCUGGGCAAGAACUACAAGGAACCAGAGCCAGCACCUAACUCCGUGUCCAUCACUGGCUCUGUGGACGACCACUUUGCCAAAGCACUAGGUGACACAUGGCUUCAGAUCAAAGCGGCCAAGGACAGCGCAUCCAGCAGCCCAGAGUCAGCCUCACGCAGGGGCCAGCCAGCCAGCCCCACUGCCCACAUGGUCAGCCACAGUCACUCUCCCUCUGUGGUCUCCUGAAGGGGGGAGCCACCCUUCCACCACACAGGAAUCUGCAUGGUUUGCCUGAGCUUUGAACAGUCAGUGCUUAAAAAAAAAAAGCAAAAAGAAAAAAAACAAAAAAACAAAACAAAACAAAAAAAAAAAAAAAAGAAAGAAAAAAAUCCCGGGUUGGGGGGUGGGGGGAUGGUUUAUUCGCAAAACCAUGUUGUCUGGACUUUUGUUCUGCUCUGUUUUAUACUUGCUUGGUGUUCAUACAAGGGGCCUCAUGUGGCAGCAGAACAGCACGGAGCAUUAUGUCCAGCAGAGCAUCCUUGCUUCCUGCCCUGGCUACCAAAGAAACUUCUGCAGGUCUGCCGCCUGGCAGCCGGGACCCUGCGGCCCUUUCUCAGUCACAAGCCAUGAUGACAUGGGGAUCCGGACGCUUUGUGCUCUUAGCUUUUGAGGCUGGGCCUGCACAGCUUGGCUUCCACCUGGGGGCUGGCUCCGUCUGCAUUUGCAUGUGUCUGCCUGAAGAGAACUGUCCUGAUUUGCACUAGGGAGGGCAGGGCUGCCUGCUGGGCAGUACUGAGGGCAAACUGCUAGGGAACACUUCUGACCUUGUGUGCUUGCAUUUGUUGCUGAACUUGGAAGGUCUCUAGCAGGUUCUAGGUCUUUCUCUAGGCUUGAGGUGCUCACAGCUGGACUGCAGACUCCCCCGACCAUGGGCAUUUACCGUCUCUGAACACUGCAGUUUGCGAGGCUGGUGCCGAGGCUGGAGGACUCUGUAGUGCUUCUGACAUGGUGCAUGUCUCAAAGAAAAAAAAAAAAUAGCUGGUUUCUAUUGACUAAGCCCAGACUGUAGCACUGACUGGCUUCUUGUCGGCAUUAGCCUGUUUCGUCAGUCUCAGCCCUGGAUACAUUCACUGCUGGCACAGCUGUGCUUCUGAGAUGAGUCAACGCUCGCUCUGCUCCAAAGAGGAGCGCACAGCCAGUGGGUGUGGCAGGCUGGGGAAGCCCGUUGCUGCUCAUUUUCUGCAUCCUGGGCUGGGGACUUGGAGUUCAUGUCUUUAGACUCCUUGAUACACAGACUGCUCCUUUCCAACUCCUGGCCAAACAUCAGGUGCCUGACAGCCUGCAGCACGGAGCUGCGUGCUCGUCCUCCUAUGCUGGGGCCAAGGCUGUACACAUUCCUCUGACUAUACAGUUAUUCCUGCACCACUAUUCCUGCACUAUUAAUAGCUACUAACUAGACAUUAGAAGCCAGCAGGACAGACACGGCUGGGGAUGCCUAACAGCUGCUGCUCCUCCCAGCCUUGAGCAUUUCUGUCCCCUGGCCUGGCCCACCUAAGGGCGUCACUUGGCCAGGAGCUCCUUCCUCACAAAGCAUUAUGGACUCCUGCACGUGGGAGCCCAUGGGGCUGACUUUCAGUAGGAGGAAACAGGUUAGCUGUUGAACUUGGGAAAUAGGCACAGGUGGAAAGGUGGGGACUGAUUCCCGUAGUCGCAGGGUGACUACUGGCCUUUACAAACAUGGACAGCCCUCCUCCUGCCCCGCACAAGGUUCACUCCACUCUCCUGGGCUUCCAAGCUUGGCAUUCAGGCCCUUAUAUUUUCUGUAGGAAAAAAAAGAAUUGUUCAGAACACUUUUUUUAUAUAGGUAAUUUUAAAGACCAUCAUUACGCUGUGCGUAAAGAAUGUACAGAGAAAUUUGUAGGUAUUUUUUGAAGAACAAUUAAUUUGUUAAUGAUAUGUAGCUAUUUAAUUUUCCCUUUCCCAUCGUAAUCAUUCAUUGUUGUUGUUGUUGGGAAAAGUUGACCUUUUUUGUCGUGUGUGUCUGUAAUCGUGCAGGUACACAGUUACUCCACGGCGACACUGCGUCCGCAUUAACAGCCACUAGUUUGCUAUUCUACAGGCCACUGAGGUUGUCACAGGAAAACAACCAUGCCUCGGACUGGCUCUGUGGGCAACGGGCCUCAGAUACCCGUCGGUGAGCGGGUCAUCGCUGUUGGGGGAGGGAGGAGAUGGCCGUGCGGGUUGCUGGUCCCUGGUGCACUGACCUAUCUGGAAUAGGUCGUGCCCUGGAGCGGGAUACUGCACACAUCAGCUGAGGAGUGCGCCGUCCUGCCUGGGCAGGAGCUUGUGGCCUCCCCAGAACCAAGCCAUCUAUGUGCGUGCUGACCCCUCUCUGUGUUUGUAAAUCUGUAAAAUACCAUUUUCUGUGGCCUGUUUUUUUUUUUUUUUUUUUUUUUUUUUCCUGGAAGAAGAAAAGAAAAAGGUUUGGCAGGCCAUCUUUUUUUUUUUUUUUUUUUUUUGUACUUAAAAGUAGCCUUAAGAACAGUAAUAAAGUGCUCUUAAACCAA